UCAAGAAAAAAUGGGCUAUUUCCGUCCAGAAUAAUCGACGGUGCGACCCAUUUGCCCAUAUCCAAAAAAGGGGUCAUGUAAUCCUUCCAUGGUUCUAUUUCUCACCGUCGACGAAGUUCUCUGAGAGAGUGAGUCCGUUACAAAUGGUUCAGUGAUAUUUGCCUAUGAAACAUUCUGCUAAACAUUGUAAGCUGGAAACUGGGAGUGGGCACGGAUAAGAUGAUAGUGGCGGUAAGAGUCGCCGCAAAUCACAGAGGGAGACUAUCUUCUGCAUUGCUGUUACCAUGGCUUCUCACCCAUAGCGCAACCUUAAACUCUCAAUCGAUACAUUCAACUCUUUCAUCGCCUGAAUCUCAUCAUUUUAAUCCAGACUAUCAGAUGCUCAUAUGCACUCUUAAAGCUUGCAAACAUUCCCACAAUGUGAGGACUACAAUUGGAACACACGGUAGAAUGAUCAAACUUGGAUAUGAAAUGUAUCCAUCCCUUCUGUCAUUGUUGAUUGUAGUGUAUUUAUCAUGUGAGUGCCUCAGUCCUGCGCGCCAACUGCUAACUGAAAUUUCUGAAUGGGAUUUUGAUGUUGUUCCUGGAAAUUUGAUGAUUGCGGGUUUCAUGAAGAUGAGGGAAGUUGAUGUUGCAAGGAAACUGUUUUACAAAAUGCCCAUCCGAGAUGUUGUCACAUGGAACUCAAUUAUUGGAGGUUUGGUAAAAAAUGCAUUGUAUAAGGAGGCACUAAGUAUCUUCAGAAAGAUGCUGAGAUCUGAGAUGGAACCGGAUGCAUACACGUUUUCAUCUUUAGUCACGGCAUGUGCGAGACUUGGAGCUAUUGAUCAUGCUAAGUGGGUUCAUAAUUUGUUGAUUGAGAGAAAAAUUGAAUUGAACUACAUUUUAUCAUCUGCAUUGAUAGAUAUGUACUCUAAAUGUGGAGAUAUUGAAACAGCUAAGGGAAUUUUUUACCGUGUUGAACGCAGUAAUGUCUGUGUUUGGAAUGCAAUGAUUAAUGGACUAGCAACUCAUGGUCUUGCUAUAGAAGCUCUUAAGAUUUUCUCAAAGAUGGAGGCAGAAAAAGUUGUGCCUGAUUCUAUAACCUUUAUUGCACUUCUAACUGCAUGCAGUCACAGUGGGUUAGUUGAAGAGGGUCAGAGAUAUUUUGAUAUAAUGAAACAGCGUUGCUUCAUUCAACCUGAACUUGAACAUUAUGGAGCAAUGGUUGAUCUGCUGGGGAGGGCUGGACUUCUUAACGAAGCUUAUGCAAUGAUCAAGGAAAUGCCAAUGCAACCUGAUGCUGUUAUAUGGAGGGCAUUUCUUAGUGCUUGUAGAAUUCACAAGAACUCUGAGUUGGGUGAAGUUGCCAGCACAGAAAUAUCACAUCUUAGCAGUGGAGAUUAUGUUUUACUGUCAAACAUAUAUUGUUCCAUAAGAAAGUGGGAUAGUGCUGAGAAAUUGAGGCAUAAAAUGAAACAGAAAGGAGUUCGUAAAAGAAGUGGAAGAAGUGGGGUGGAAUUGGGUGGCGUUAUUCACCAAUUCAAGGCAGGCGAUAGAUCACACCCUGAAACAAGCAUUAUAUACAAAUCAUUGGAACUGUUGAUCAAACGAACCAAAAUGGAGGGUUUUAAUCCUGCAACUGAUUUGGUGUUGAUGGAUAUAUCUGAGGAGGAAAAGGAGGAAAAUUUGAAUUUCCAUAGUGAAAAGUUGGCAGUGGCCUAUGGGAUCCUAAAGUCAAGUCCUGGCACUUGUAUUCAGAUUACAAAAAAUCUUCGGAUUUGUCCUGAUUGCCAUUCAUGGAUAAAGCUGGUUUCAAAGGUGUUAAAUAGAGUGAUAAUUGUAAGGGACCGUAUCCGUUUCCAUCACUUUGAAGGUGGUUUUUGUACUUGCGGAGACUAUUGGUGAUUAGUAUUCAGGAAAUGUUUGGGGAUUUUGAAGUGCAACUAGGGGUGCUAUUUGAUGUUCUGGAAGAAAACUGGUUACUUCUCAGUUGAUUGACAUUUAGAGAAAAGCUUGAUAUGAAUUGACGUGAAGUCAACAACCAGUGGAUUUGGGUGGCAUUUCUCUUGCUGAGACUGUUGUCCAAAAUGGAAGUCCUGAAGCUCCUAUAGUUCCAUGUCCACUUUUAACUUCCUCAGGCAUCUAUCUGCUCUGAACAAUGAUCAAGUGGAUAACUUCAUUUAUUUGAUGAAGCUAAAAUGUUUGAAACUACAACUACCGCCAUGAUCACUUGUCAUUUUAGAUGAACAUGUUCAUGGCUCUCUAAUCCAAUCAGGGAUGUUGCUGCAAGCUGCUGAAAGGAGGGAGGAUAUUUGGUAACUCUUGUUGCUUAAGGAAUAUGGUUGGAAGAUCUCCGGCUUUUAUGGUGCAGAUGAAACACCCAGAAGGCAAUUGGUUUUGCCAUGGAUGACAAUUUACUGAAACAAGGUCAGGUCUUUGUUCUAGAACAUCAAAUCACAAGGUUGGUUGAAUUUCGAAACUUGAAUACCUCCUGAAAAAUAUUACCAACAGAAAAGAAAAAAGAUACUUUUAGUACUAAUAUUUUUUAGCUCAUAUGACCCUAUUCCUUGUGAUAUGACUGGAAAACAUAACUAGUAGUUCCCUUAUUAUUAUGGUCAACUUAACAGGUCUAAACUAAUCCAUGCAAGAAUAUAUGCUAGGAUUUGCAGCUUCUGAGCCGUGAUUUCUUGUUAACCGAUCUGGAUUGAGAUUGAGAUUAACCAGGAAACUGGUUUGCAUGAAUUUCUUGAAAUAUGUUUGAUUGCAAGCAUUUAUCAGAACUUACUGGUAUUACCAUGCAAUUAAAAGAUCAAAAGGUCUCGCUUUCUUGCUAUUGUUAUCAAUAAAUGUGUAAACCGAUCGAUCCUGUACAUUGUCCAGAACAGACGACGAGGUAAUAAGCAAUUUUCUUAAGUUGCGUUU